AUGUGUGUCGGCGCAAUUGUCACUCUUGUGUGCGACCGCUGCGGUGAAACCCAGGACAUCCGCUCCUUCCUCGGUUGCCCUACAGACGGACAUCACUGUGAAGGUUCGGACUCUCGUGAAGACUCGAUCAUCGGUAGAUCUACUCACAUCGACCCUUGUGCCAAGCAUACUGAGCCCGCUGCCCCUUCCUACUACUACGUUGGAAAGAAUUCUGCUCACACUGCCGCCUGGUGUGAGUACGUCCAUACAUCUCUCGAGCCCUUCCUCGAAGGAAUGAGCAGCCUCAGUGAUCGUGUCUGCGCUUUGAAACAGAGUCAAGCUAACAUGAGCUUCCAGGACAACUUCCUUCUUGUCAUGCAUGAAUGCAACCACUACCUGGGCUGGGCCGAGGACAAGAACAACCGCGCUAUCGAGGUCGAGACUGCCCUCUCUGAGGUUCUCAAUGUCACCGGUGUCACCAAUGAGAUCAACGCAGUCAAUGUUCAGGACAUGACUAACGAGAUGCUCGAAAUGUUCAAUGGUUAUCUGUCUGCUCUCACCGAGAGGCUCGAAGAACUUGAGGCUGAACAGUCCGACGCUUCUACCACAUCUUCUUAA